UAGAGGACGCGCGGCGGGAGCGGGAGCUGCAGCGCGCCGCCCGGCUCACCGUGCCGCUGAGAGCGCUCCCGCCACGGUCUCAUCAGUCAUACAAGUGACUGACUUGCAGGGUUUAGGGACAAGCCAAGGCAAAAAACUUCCCCUGUGCAUCUGCAGUGUGUAACAUCUGAUUGCAACUAGACGAGGCUGCUCUGUACUAAGAAAGGGCAAGGACUUCUGGUCUGAAGCAGAGGGUGACAAGAACCAUUCUGUCUCUGAAUCCAUCAUGGAACAGAUCAAUGGAUCUGUCCAGGUGGAGCACAUGCUGCUCUACACCUUCCUGGAGGUAUCCUCUGACUGUAAGUUCAAAGAGCAGCUGCAUUCCCUGCAAAGCCAGAGGAUUGUGGAACUGUGCUAUGAUGAGGAGAUGGAACUUCAGACGGAUGGCAAUCGGAGUGGUCACUUGCAGAACGGUGAGCCAAUGUCUGACCCCGAGGUAAACGAAGCGGUUAUCCGGAUCAUUGCUGCUCAGCUCGCCCAGAUUGGAGACCAGUUUGAUAACAAAAUCAGAGCAAGAGUAGUAAAUGAUCUAGUGCAGCACUUUCUGAAUGAGAAUCUGUCUGCAGAGGAGAUAACUCGUCGCAUGUCAGAGGCUGUGGAAGGGCUUGCCCGAGCCAUCCCCUUGGACAUGGAACAGGAGAAGGUCACAUUGGUGCUAGCAAUGGUCUUAACUAAAAAAAUUGCCAAUACAAUGCCCUCCCUUCUGCAUCGUGUCUUCAGCACCACUGUGAACUACAUCAGCCAGCAGCUUCACAACUACAUUGUCAGAAUGCUGCGUGAGUGAGAGCCCAUCCUGCCCUGCGGACAGCCUGAAUUCCUGAAGACUUCUUACUUUCCUUGCAAAUCCCUCUCUCUGCUCUGAACUUCUGAGGUACAGCUGUGAAGGGCAGGCAGAGCUUCAUAGAUAGGCUUUUGUAGACUAGCACAGCGAUGUCAGUAGCGUGAGCUGCGUGCCAGCUCUGCCAGUGCCUGUAAGGAGUAGUGUGUUUUUUUUAUCCUCUCUCAUUUUACAAUAGCCUUUUCUUUUCUGUCCUUAGCAGUAGCUGACUUUGUGCAGACUCUGGGUUGUGCCUCCAGAGGAAAUGCUGUGGGCACAGAGCCUGCCCUCUCAGUAUUAUUUUUCUUUUUUCUAGUCAUCUGUAGCAUUUUGCAUCAGUUAUUCUCUUCCCCUCAGCUCAGGGUGCUGCUGCUGAGCCAUGCUCAAUGUUAACUGUUCACUGGAAGGCCUCUGGCCAUAGAAUUCGUGGUUGAUCAGCACAGAUCACCAAGGAGGGGGGGAAGAAACAAGUCAGGUCUAUCUUAAAGAGGAGCUGGCAACAAAGAGGGGAACCCUAAAGGGAUUAGGGCUGUUUGGCCAAGGAAGGCUGGUGUAUCAAUAGCCAUCAAGCCAUGCUUGCUUGGAAAAUAAAAUCAAACUGUAAAGAAAAGGGUAGGGGUAGGUACAAAGCCAAUUCUUUCAGGGAAUACAACCUGGAUAUGCUUGAGGAAAAGUGUUUAGCUUUAUAAUAUCUUGCUAUGAAAAGAAAGAAGGCAUCAACCUUGGAUCAGGAAAGAAUACUUGAUAUCUCUAAGGCGUGUGGAGCAUCACAUCUCAGGUUCAACAAACUUGGACUCAGGUUGUUUGAUAUGUACCUGUAAUCACACACAAGCUGGCAAAGGCUUCACCUGUGGUCCAACUGCCUCAGAAGUUUAAAAUGUAAAUAUUGUACGGGUGGUUUUUUUUUAACUUAAAUAAAAUUGUCAGUUCUCAUGGCAAUACAGCUCUUAAGCUUUUCAAUUUC